GCUUCGUGAUGUCCACGGUGGUGGUGCUGUCCACCAAGUGCGAGAAAAACCCGGACAACAUCGCGCCGGCCAUCGCAGCUUCGUUCGGCGACCUGACCACGCUUUUCCUCCUCUCCGGCUACUCGUCUUUAAUGUUGUACCAUCCGUAUCUGGCGCCGCUGGUGAUCGCGUUGUGUCUGCUCCUGCUGCCAAUGUGGAUAGUUCUGGCCCGACGCAACACCAUCUCCCGGGAGGUGCUGCGCGUCGGGUGGCUGCCAAUUAUUAUCGCACUCACGGUCUCCAGCUUCGGUGGGUACAUCCUGGAUUACGCAGUCUUCGCUUAUCCGCCGAUCGCCCUGCACCUGUCUUCAGUAAAUGCGCUGGGCGGCAACCUAGCGGCCGUCUUCAGCUGCAGCUUGUCCAGUUACCUGAACCGGUUGACGCCGCUGGGAGACAUACCGUUCGAGGAACACGUCUGCGUGGGGCCCCUACAGAUGUACUACCAGGGUGGAGAGAUGGCCAACGUGGCUUACGUGCUCGUCGGCGUCGUGGUGCCCGGCCAGACGCUGUUCGCUGUGCUCUCCAGGAUUCUGCGCUUCGGCAAGGUCUCCAUGACCAUCACCUUCUUCGCAGUGUACUGUGGUGCAUCGCUAGGGCAGUUGGACGAGGUCAACACCAAGACUCCUGUUACUGGAGUCAAUAUGAAUCUCAGUAUCAGCAUCUUAGUGAAAGUGCUGGUAUUGCUGUACUUGGCGCGCCUCAUCGUGUACCACCUCUGGAACUGGGGCGUCGACCCGGACAACGCGGCCAUCCCCUGCUUGAUGGGCUGCGGCGACUUCCUUGGCACGGGGUUUCUCACCAUGGCCUAUGCGUUGCUUUACUACAUGGGCGACAAAUCGGCCGUUCGAGAAGAAGAGCUGCGCUCCUACGUGCACGUGAACACUCAUCUCACUGUGCAUGCGUCGUCUUCUACGCCGAGUUACGGCAAUUCCACCUUGUCCUAG